ACGGAGGGAGGUAACGUAAGGGCGCUCGGCGAGCCCGUCUCUCCUCGAAUGAAAGGAAACAACCCCCGGCGACAGAGCCCCGCUCUUCGGCAGUGCCGGAGAACCGACGCCCGCCUUCCUCGUCUCCCCUCGUGGGCGCUCUUCUCCCGUCGCCCGCCCGUGGGCCACGCUGCAUUUCUUGAGGCUUAAAGUGGCAUUCUAUAAGCAGUUUAACAAUCAUGUCAAGCUCAAUUGAACAGAAAAAAGGGUCUACAAGACAGCGCAAAUGCGGCUUUUGUAAGUCAAAUAGAGACAAGGAGUGUGGACAGUUACUGAUAUCUGAAAACCAGAAGGUGGCAGCACACCAUAAAUGCAUGCUUUUUUCGUCGGCCUUGGUGUCAUCACAUUCCGAUAAUGAGAGUCUUGGUGGAUUUUCUAUUGAAGAUGUCCAAAAGGAAAUUAAAAGGGGCACAAAGCUGAUGUGUUCUUUGUGCCAUUGUCCUGGAGCAACAAUUGGCUGUGAUGUGAAAACCUGCCACAGGACAUACCACUACCACUGUGCAUUGCAUGAUAAAGCUCAGAUCCGAGAGAAACCUUCACAAGGCAUUUACAUGGUUUAUUGUCGAAAACACAAGAAAACUGCACAUAACUCUGAAGCUGAUUUAGAAGAAAGUUUUAAUGAGCAUGAACUGGAGCCCUCAUCUCCAAAGACUAAGAAGAAAAGUCGUAAAGGAAGACCAAGGAAAACUAAUUUUAAAGGGCUGUCGGAAGACACCAGAUCUACAUCCUCCCAUGGAACAGACGAAAUGGAAAGUAGUUCCUACCGAGAUCGGUCUCCACACAGGAGCAGUCCUAAUGACACCAGGCCUAAAUGUGGAUUUUGCCAUGUAGGGGAGGAAGAAAAUGAAGCGAGAGGGAAGUUGCAUAUAUUUAAUGCCAAGAAGGCGGCCGCACAUUAUAAGUGCAUGUUGUUUUCUUCUGGGACUGUUCAGCUCACAACAACAUCAAGAGCAGAAUUUGGAGAUUUUGAUAUUAAAACUGUACUUCAGGAGAUUAAGCGAGGAAAAAGGAUGAAAUGUACACUUUGCAGUCAGCCUGGUGCUACUAUUGGAUGUGAAAUAAAAGCCUGUGUUAAAACUUACCAUUACCACUGUGGAGUCCAAGACAAAGCAAAAUACAUUGAAAAUAUGUCACGAGGAAUUUACAAACUGUAUUGUAAAAACCAUAGUGGGAAUGAUGAGCGAGAUGAAGAAGAUGAGGAACGAGAGAGUAAAAGCCGGGGAAGAAUAGCGAUUGAUCAGCAGCUAACCCAGCAGCAGCUCAAUGGGAACUAGGUUCGUGGGACAGAGAGAGUUAGAAAACUGAGAAUAAGACAUCUAUAACUCCUAUGCUUUUUUUUCACUCUUUUCUAAAAUAAAAAAGGGUUUGUAACUUUUUACUGCCCAACUCUUAGAUCCUUCAUUGAACUGCCUAAAAACACCUUGUUUGUUCUCUGAGCCUUCACUAGAUGGCCGAAUUUGACAUAUUGAUAUUACGUAGCUGUAGUUUGCAGUUUCUGGGAAGCAAUCAAAACACUAUUAACCCUGUGUAUACUGUCAGCAAUUAAAGCAGACACUGAAUGGCAUAAACUGUAUUUCUGAACUGAACAGAGUUCUACUCUUUAGAGUGUUUUAAGUUUGUAGUGGAUCCAUGCUCAAAAGAACCCGGAGGAAAGUUCACCGUGCAAACAUGUCUCUGGUGGCAACACCUGGUAAUUUGUGAACUUUUUUUCAUACUCAAGCAAUGGAAACUACAAAUGAAAAGAACCUUCUUUUUAUCUUGGCUUCGACAGCACAUGUUAAAGUUUGUUUCUUCCGAGAAGCGUGCUGCAGCCUUCCUAUGGUCUUUUUAAAGUUCUUCUCACUGACCAGCAUGGACUCUGGGCAACUGGUGAUGGUAAGCUCUGAGCUCCAGUGCGUCUGCCAAAAUUCUCUUGACAGUACACCUUUCUGUGCUGUACAGAGAGCUUCUGGCAAAAUAAUGGGAUCCUAUCAAGAUCAAAAUAAAGCUUGGCAGCAGCAGAUUAAACUUCUUUGAGAUUAAAGAGGUUACCAACGCACUAAGGACGUUGGACACUAUAUCUGAAACCAGAAACCAGUUCCUCUCAAGUGCCCUGUGGUGUGGAACACUUCACAUAUUGGCCCAAAGUAUAUCAGAGGUCUUAUGUGCUAACAGAGUAAAAAAAAAAAAAAAAAGAAAAAAAGAAAAAAAGAAAGAAAGAAAAAAGAAAAAAAAAGUCUUUGAGUAAAACAGUAUUUAUUUUUGAUUUUGUGACCACUAUUUUAGAAACUUUAUUUAAUGCUUUCAGUCAUUGGUUUGCUUAUGUAUUGAAUAGGCUUUUGUGCCCUGCUUUCUUCUAGGGCUCGGAAGUGUUUUCUUAAUCACCAGAUUUUUAGAAAGGAUUUCCACUGGCGACUCUCGCUAGUGGCACUCUUCCACUUACCUGCUGAAGCACAUUUAUAUAUUUCUUUAUGGCAAAACCAAAAAAAUUAGUUAUGGUCUGCCUAAUAUUACCGUAGCACCUCAGUAGGGAUUCUGAGUUCUGAAUUAUUAAUUAACCUACCACAAUGAAUCAGAUUUGCAAAUAAGAAACAACAUACUAACUUGACUGUACAUUGAUCUCUUCUGCAGCUGGUUAAACAGCAUUUUUAAAUGUAACAGGUGGAAAAUUACACUGUGCUUAUUGACUGAAUUUUUAAACUGCUAGUCCCUUAAGAUCAUGUUUGUUAAAGUGUGUAUUUACAUAUUCACUUAAAUCAAGGGACUCAAUGCUUGCUUUAUUUUAACCAUCUUUUACUGUUAUUUUAGAAGGAAACUAGCUUUAGUAGUGGAUUGCCUUGUACGUCUUCUUUCGCUCUUAAUAUGCCAUGAUGUGUAUGUGAUUAAUUUUCAAGGUUCAUCAUGACUUGAAGUGCAAGGACAGAUCUCAGUUUGUUUACCAAGCGAUGUGACUUUUUCCAAAGGAUCUGUACUUUAUUUCCUUAUAACAGCUUGAAAACAUUAUUUUUUAAAUCUUUAAAUCACUGUGUCUAGGUAAUUUUUACAUUGUGUGCCAUAGAACUUACCCAUGGAGAAAUAGAGCUCCUUCAUUUUUGGACAACUACUGUAAUGAUUUUUUUAAGUAAAAUGGAAGGUGCCAGGGGUAAUUCUGGCCAGUCAAUAAUUAUAUAAAGAACUUCAAAUACUAUAGCUGUCAGUUGAUGGAUUUGCUGUGUAGUAAAUGUAUGACUUUUUAUGGGUUUCUUCAGCCCUUUCUCUGCCACUAGCAACCAGAAAAGCACUUUACCUUUUGGUUGCUUAGAUAAAUGGUUGACUACCUGUUUUUCUCACUGUGGUGUGAUUGGCUAAAUAACGUUCAUUUAAAACUGAAGUCACAUUAAAAACUCAUGUUUGGGUGUAAACUUCCAAUAUUUUGAUUCUUUGUUCUGUUCUCAUUCUAUGCUGAGUAAAAGUGCCUUACAAUGUAAAAAUUGUACAGUACUUAUGUUCCCAAGUAGCAUCUUCAUCACCUGGCUAGUAAUUACAUUGUGGUAUUAAUAUUUAGAUAAAUGGACCUCAGCAGUGUAUUAACUGUACAUCUCUUAAGUCCUUAACUGUAGUUUUAAUAAGCAUGACAUUAUUUGGUAAAUAUAUGGCAUUUACAUCAUUUCCAAAAAUACUGCCAUUGCUGUCUAAUGCGUAUUUUAGCCUGCAAUUUUGAUGCGUCUUUUUUUCUUGUUUUUCUUUCUUUGUUUUAUUCUUUUUUGUCAUUAUUAAUAUUAAAAUGUGUAACCUUUGCAAGCGUAUAUUGAAGAUUAUUCUGGAGCAUUUAUUGCCUUACCAGAAGCGUUAGUAGGAGAUGUUCUUUAGAGUAGAAGGGUAGACUUGAGUUUCUCUACUUUAACGAGUUCCUGGGGUGGGAGGGGGGGUUACUUUCAUCUCAUUGCUUAAAACCCACACCCGAAGUCAAUUUCAUUUCAAGGAUCAGCAGUUUCAAACUUGAGGUGGUACUUGUGCAGUAUACACUACUCAAGAUACUAACAAAGUAAUGUGACCUAUAGAUCUGCUAUUGAAUUGAAUCUGUGUACUUGAACAAAUGUGUGAAUCUCAAAUCUUUCAAAGCAAAAGUGUUGUAGAAUGUUGUUGCUUUUUGAAAAAGCACUGAAGUUAGACCAAGGCACAGUUUUGUUUUAACAGACAUUUAAGUUAAUUGUAAAGAUAAGGAAUGCAUCAUGGGUCAAAAAUCAAACAUUCCUCACAUGUUAUGUAUAUUUUGUUCCUGUUAUUGGUUUUGUUUUCAGAAUUGUAGUUUGUAGUAUUAGUUUCCUUUUAUUGGUAUUCUUGCAUAUACUAUUCGUUCAAUAAAUGAGUUCUGAAUUUCA